AGGGGCGGAGAACUGUUUUUGUGUCUUUGCACGGUUGCCUUUACAUUCACCGACAUCCGUCACCCGAGCACUGCGGUGAGUGCACCGGAGUUCCGUUUCACUGGCAGUCUAGCGUUGCACGAGCCUCUGCUCCGCUAAAACACGCUGAGACGCAGAGAGGAACCUCUGGCGCGAGCUUUGGAUGUGGAUGUAGAUGCGCUUUCAACCCUCCCUCUCGGCUACCACAAAGGCUCGCGACCGAGGGAGCGAGCGGAGGCAGAGUUCCGCUAUGUAAACGGACACCGUCGUAUGUCUCGUUUUCUGGCAAUUUUGGAGGCGCGACCAUGCGGAGAAACAGACAACCGAACAUGUUUCGCCAAAAAAUGAUGGGAAAUUAGAAUCAAAAAAUCACUCUAGAAACACUAAGGCGCGUGGCACAGCCGUGGUAAGCACAAAAGUGUGUAUUCCGCCGGUCUGGGACGACGCUUCGCCGGAGGACCAGUCUCGCUAUAACAGCCAACGCUGCAGUCCGUGGCGGCGGAAAGCGCUCGCGGAGGACUCAGGCCAAUCAGAUCCAUUGCUGUCCAGUUAGACCUGGAAAGAAGAGAGGGACCAGGAGAAAUGGGUGGGGCUAAAGUCCUGCUCGUGAUGCUUGCUAUUGGCCUAGACAAUGGAUUGAGUGUCAACUGGAACCCAAUCCCGCGCAAGACAGUCCAUUACAAUGAUGUGAUUGACAGUAUGGCAAGGUUCCGGGCUGUUGGCGUGUGGAACUACACUAUUCUCUCUCUGUCUGAGCACGAGCGGGUUCUGUAUGUGGGUGCCAGGGAGACAUUGUUUGCCCUCGACCCCAACGACAUUAGCCGACAGCUGCGCCCUCAGAUCGACUGGCCCGCCCCUCUGGAGAAGAAACGAGAAUGUGCUGAAAGGGGCAAGAACAACCAGACCGAGUGCUUCAACUACAUCCGUUUCCUACAGAGCUACAACCACACCCACCUGUACACAUGCGGGACAUACGCGUUCCAGCCCAGGUGCACGUAUAUCAAUUCAGACCAUUUCACUCUGAACAGCACCGCCCUGGAGGAUGGUAAAGGCAAAUGCCCUUAUGACCCCGCCAAGGGUCACACCGGUCUCAUCGUAGAUAAGGAGCUGUACUCUGCCACCCUGAAUAACUUCUUGGGCACAGAGCCAGUUAUACUACGCAAUCUGGGACUGCAACACUACAGCAUCCGAAGUGAAUACCUGCCAGCCUGGCUUAAUGAGCCUCAUUUUGUGGGCUCGGCGCUGGUGAGGGAGGGCAGGAGCAGCCGUGAGGGAGACGACGAUAAAAUUUACUUCUUCUUCAGCGAGAGGGCAGUAGAGCUGGACUGUGAUGGAGACCUGACUGUAGCACGCGUGGCACGUGUGUGUAAGGGGGAUCUGGGGGGCACUCGGACCCUGCAGAAGAAGUGGACCACCUUCCAGAAGGCUCGGUUGGUAUGCUCCAUUCCAGAGCGCCACAUUACCUUCAACAACCUGCAGGCAGUGUUCACGCUGCCUGGGUCUGACUGGAGGGGCACCACGUUCUAUGGGGUCUUCCACGCCCAGUGGGGUGAUGUGGAUGUCUCCGCCGUGUGCCAGUAUCAGAUUGGGACCGUGAAGAGUGCAUUCGAGGGCCCGUAUAAAGAGUACCGGGAGUCUUCUCAGAGAUGGGUCCGUUACACGGGGCCGGUGCCCACGCCCCGGCCUGGCGCGUGCAUCACCAACUUCGACCGUGAGAACGGCUACAACAGCUCCCUCCUGCUGCCUGACACCACACUCUACUUUGCCAAGAUGCACCCACUGAUGGAGCUGAGGGUGGAAGCGCGCCCCCUGCUGCUCACCAAGGGAAUCAACUUCACCCGGCUGGCUGUGGACCGCGUGACCGCCCUGGAUCAGAGAGCCUACAGUGUGCUGUUCAUCGGCACAGCUGAUGGGUGGCUCCAGAGGGCAGUGAUACUGGGCCCCGAGGCUCAUGUGAUCGAGGAGAUUCAGCUGUUUGAUUGGACGCAGCCGGUAGACAGUCUCACCAUCUCACACAGCAAGAAGUAUUUAUAUAUAGGCUCCUGGGCUGAGGUUCUGCAGGUGCCACUGGCUAACUGCAGUCGCUACCAGUCCCAGCCAGACUGCCUGCUGUCCAGAGACCCGUACUGCGCCUGGGACAGUGAAGGGCGUGCCUGUGUUCGCAUCGACCUGCACCGAGGAUCCAUGUCUACACUCACUCAGGACCUGAUGUUGGAGAGGUUCAACAGAGGCAAAGCCAAGUUUGACAAGCCUGUCUCCAUCCCCAGCCCUGAAUCCUCCAGGCUGCGUAAUGUGACAGUGGUUGUGGGCUCGGACCUGGUCCUCCCGUGCCAGCUAGUGUCCAACCUGGCGCAGCCUUCCUGGAUGCUGAACGACCGCGAGCUCGUGUUGGCGUCGGACGGGUGGACGUCGACGGGGCCACGCUUCGACCCCGCCCUCCGCGCCCUGGUGAUCCCGCGUGCCGGGGCUCAGCAGGCCGGCCGCUACAUCUGCCACUCGGAGGAGCAGGGAGUGAAGUUCCAGACGGAGCGCUACCAGGUGGCCGUGGUUGCCAGCGCGCCAGUCUUCAUGGAGGUGCGGGCCCCCGACACCAGCAUGGGGCUCUUCUGGGUGCUCGUAGUCACGCUGGGCGCCGCCUGCCUCCUGCUGCUCAUCGCUGCCCUCUACCUGCGGAGGAGGCUCAAGCUGGCUCUGGGUAAAGGUGCCGAGAUGAAGCCCCUCGAGAGCACGCUGGUGUACCCCAUCACGCUGCCCAAGGAGCCUCCGUCCUUUGUGCCCAGUAAGAUGCCCAGUGACGAGGACCGCUUUUGGGAGACCGGCGCCAACUACUACUACUCGGAUGGCUCGCUGAAGAUCGUGCCCGGGCACGCCGUGUGUCCCAGUGCCAGCUCUACCUCGCCCAGUGCCAUACCCGGGCAGCCGAUUCACUCGCCCAGCCGACUCAGCCUGACCAACAUCCGCAGCUCGGGAACCAACGGGUACGUGCGGCUCAACCUGGGCGUGGCCGGGGAGGAGCGGAGCGGCGCGGGGGCUGGGAUGGGGGGCGGAGCCGGCCUGGGACUGGGCGGGAGGGAGCCCGACUACUCCAGCCCCUUUAAGGAGGAGCUGAGGAGAACCCUUCAGCAGCGGAGCGUGCUGCCUGACGCCAACCCCGAAGAGUCAUCCGUGUAGAGGUUGCGGAGAGGUUGCGGAGAGGUCGCAGAGAGGCGCUGAACUUCAAACUACCUCCCUCCUUUUAUGGAGAAGAAUCUUCUCUCACACACACACACACACACACACACACACACACACACGCUCCAUUCAAUUCAUCCUCUCUCUGCCAAUGCCGUCCAGCUUUGUGCUGUGUGUGGGCUUUUUUUGGGGGGGUGGGGCGGGGUGUUGCCCCUCCCCUUCGACAGUAACCUCAUCUUCUGCAUUCAGCGCAUCCUAACAAAAGCGCAUCUUCUUUGGAAUUUACUGGGUCUGAGGCGGGCGGAUGAAAACACAGGUACAGCUUAGGGGCUAUACAACGGAGCCUGAGUGGACAGACGUAGCUGUCAAUCAAACUGGUGUGACAGGCUGCUAGCUGACCGGUGAGAGGAUACGGUCUUCUUGUCGUGUUCUGUGGUUGCGGAGAACAGCUCACAGGCUUCACCUGGGUGAGUUUCCCCUGGGCAAGCUGCACCUGGCGAGCUUCACCUAGGCGGGGUUUGGACAGGUGACAGGACUGGAUUUUUUUCACUGUUUCUAAACAGAAGAGACGCAGAGGGGGGCAAAAUUGGACAAAUUAAGACUUUCUGCAAGACGACAAUCGAGCUUUUCUCGGGUGGAAAACCGGAGGAGGGGAAUGUAUGAACCGUGUCGGGGGGGGGGGCAGGAGCCGGGAGUGAAAGCUCCAGUAAAGGAGAACCUGCCAGACUUUCUAUACAGCUUGGUUCAAAAUUUUGCUUUUUAUUUUUUUAUGUUGUCUUUUGAGACUCAAAGCACUAAUAUAUUGUGAUGUUGUUUGUAAUUUAAAGACCUAAAGAUUUGACUUGUCUUCUUUAAUAUUGGGACUUAUGAAGGAGGAGACCAGGGACUGUUGGACAGUUGGAAUGUGGGAGCGACACUCAUCCCUGUGCCCAAACAAACCUUUAAUUCAAACCCUCGCAGUGUGGAAUGUGCAAAACUGGGUUAAGCCACAUUAGCGCUGUACUGGAUGUUUCUGCAAGUGCAUGGCUCUGUGUGUGUGUGUGUGUGUGUGUGUGUGUGUGUGUGUGUGUGUGUGUGUGUGUGUGUGUGUGUGCGCGCGCGCGCGCGCAUGUCCCUGCGCGUGUGCGUGUUUGUGUUUGACUCGGGCCACUAAGAUGGGCUGCCAAAGGAAACACCCCUAAAACUCACCAAACUAGGCUGGAACUCUUGGAGGUGCAAUGGAAUUGUUUCAUCCGAACUUUCUAGAACACACUGCCCUUUACGCCCUGAGAACGUCUCGUUCUCCUGGAGCGCCUGGACAUCCUGAGCCUGACAUGACUGUGAACCACGGCAAGGAAAACGAGAGGCUGACUGUGUGCUUGUGCAGACGCACGAUAACGGAUGUGGCUGUAACCAAUCAGAAUUUAAGGCUGAACCAGUGCAGGUAAAUAUUUUAUUUAAAGAAAAGCCCUAAAAUAACUCGUUGCUUUUUUUCUGUACAG